AUGUAUGCGCUCGGGAAAUUCGUGUUGAAGAAAAGCCCACGUUUACGACUGAGCUCAUCGGUCUCUUGCACCGGCGUUAACUCGUAUCACAGUGAAAAUGGCGUUUAUGGAUACAAACCGAGACAGCAGAGGCGCUUUCAAGUACCAAAAGAAUAUCUGGAUGAACGAGCGAAGCAGAGCAAUUUUUACAGACUAGUCGAAGCGUAUAGAACCCAUGGGCACAAACAAGCCAACAUAGAUCCCUUGUCAAUGAGCAAACCGUCCUUGCUACCCGAAUUACAGCUGAGCAAUUUCGGGCUGAAUUUGAAGGACAAGGUCCGUUUCCGAGGAAUUUUAUUUACACAGCAGGACGAAGGAAUAAUAGAGGAGGCCGUGCGAUUUCUAAGCGAUACCUACUGCGAUACCGUCUCAACAGAAUUCAAUUAUCUCGAGACUGAAGAAGAGCGGGAAUGGUUCGCCGAAACCGUAGAGAGAACCUUAACCGAGCCAUUGGAUGACGAAACACGCAAAAUGAUAGCUGUGGAGAUGCUCAAGAGCCAAGCCUUCGACAAUUUUCUGGCUAUAAAAUUUGUAAGCCUAAAGAGGUACGGAGGAGAAGGAGCUGAGAGUAUGAUGGCUUUCUUUCAUGAAUUUUUCAAGCUAUGCGCCUCCGACGAUUUGAAGCACAUCAUCCUGUGUGCGGCGCAUCGGGGGCGGCUAAAUUUAUUGACGGGGCUGCUGAAGUUUCCGCCGGAAAAGCUAUUCCGCAAAUUACGCGGACUUUCCGAGUUCCCGGACAUGACGAGAUGUACCGGAGACGUGGUCAGUCAUCUCAUUAGCUCCACCGAUCUCGACAUAGACGGGAAGAGCGUUCACUUCACUAUGCUGCGCAAUCCAUCGCACUUGGAGAUAGUAAACCCAGUAUCGAUGGGAAAAACGCGAGGUGUUAUGCAGACGAUCGGGGAAGACGCAUACGGUCAGGACGGGAGCUCACGAUGGAGCGACAGAGUGAUAAACGUCCAAGUACAUGGAGACGCCGCCUAUACCGGACAGGGGGUUAAUCAGGAAUGUUUAGCUAUAAGCAAAGUACCGCACUUCGAGAUCGGCGGUACGAUUCACCUGAUGAUCAACAAUCAAGUAGGCUUUACAACUCCGCCUUCGAAAGGCCGAUCGUCGAGAUACUGCACGGAUUUGGCCAAGAGUAUAUCCGCACCUGUGAUUCACGUGAAUGGCGACAAUCCCGAGAUGGUCGUUCGAGCUACGAGGAUAGCCUUUAAGUAUCAGAGACUAUUCAGGAAAGACGUUUUCGUCGAUCUAAACUGCUUCAGAAGAUGGGGUCAUAACGAACUGGAUGAUCCCCUUAUGACUAAUCCCCUUAUAUACAAGAUUAUACACAAUCGACCAUCUAUACCGGAUCGAUAUGCGGAAGAGCUAAUAAAUGCUAACAUUCUUACUCGAGAAAAUGUUCGAAAUUCCGUUGAAAACUACACGGCCUGGUUAAACAGGAUCCUGAAGGAAUCCACAGAGGAAGCGCCGCGACAAAGAGACUACCUCACUGGGAGGUGGACGGGAAUAAAACAGGCCGAGGCUAACGUGACGCAGUGGAACACGGGUGUUGAGUUAAGCUUGUUGAAAUUUGUAGGAAAGAAGAGCGUUGAAGUGCCGGCGGACUUGGACAUUUAUCCGCAAGUGUUGAAAAGCCACGUUCAGAGUCGCCUGAAAAAGAUCGAGAACGGCAACGCUUUGGAUUGGUCGACCGCCGAGGCGUUAGCUAUCGGUUCUCUGUUGUAUCAAGGAUACAACGUGAGGAUAAGCGGACAGGACGUAGGACGCGGCACCUUUGCGCACAGGCACGCGAUAAUCGUUGAUCAAUCCACGGAAGCUCCAUUUAUUCCGUUGAAUUUCAUGAUUAAUGACCAAACCGGCAAAUUGGAGGUAGCUAAUAGUAUUCUAUCCGAGGAAGCUGUGUUGGGUUUUGAAUACGGUAUGAGCAUAUCGUCGCCUUACACGCUGCCCAUCUGGGAAGCUCAAUUCGGCGACUUCUUUAACGGGGCACAAAUCGUAAUCGACACGUAUAUAACCAAUGGAGAAGCAAAAUGGAUGUUGAGCAGCGGUCUGACGAUGCUUUUACCGCACGGAUACGACGGCGCCGGUCCGGAACACAGUUCAUGCAGACUCGAGAGAUUCCUACAGUUAACGAAUAGCAAGGAGAAUGAAGCCGAUAGCGAUGACGUUAAUAUGGAAAUUGCGAAUCCCACUGAACCGGCACAAUAUUUCCAUUUGUUGAGAAAGCAGAUGGUGAGAGAUUAUCGGAAACCUCUGAUCUUGAUAGGACCUAAAAUUUUACUGCGUCAUUCGCAGGCGGUGUCAUCUAUGACACAUUUUGAACCUCAGACAAGCUUCAAAACUGUUAUUGGAGACGAUAAAGUGAAAAGUGACGACGUAAACAAAGUCAUUCUAGUCAGCGGAAAACACUAUUAUGCACUUAAAGAUUAUAGAGAAAGUACGGAAAACAAGAAUGUAGCUAUCGUUAGAAUCGAAAGCCUUUGCCCGUUCCCUAUCCAGGAAUUAUUAGAAGAGAUUGAGAAGUACAAGCAUGCAAGAAUUUUCGUUUGGAGCCAAGAAGAACCGCGGAACAUGGGCGCGUGGAGCUUUGUUAAGCCACGCUUUGAAAAUCUGUGCGGGAGACAAUUGAAAUACUGUGGUCGAGAAACUAUGGCGGCGCCAGCUGUUGGAGAUGGACAAAUGCACCAACAAGAAGCUAAAGAAGUUGUUGUUAAACCGUUUGCGAUGAAAUAAAUGUCGAGGUAUACUACUUCGGUAAACCCAUCACAAUGCAUCAUCGCCUUAAAUGAACCUCUACGACAUUUUUCAAUUUCUUGUACAGUUCAGAAGCGACGAGUGGAGCAAUGAAAGAAACCAACAGAACGAUCAUGGAUUAACUGUUACGUUAAUCACAUUGUAAGUUUUAUUAUGGAAUUUCAACAUAG